GAGGAAAAAUUUACGCAAAUUUACGAACUAAUUAACCAAGAAAAAAAUGAAAGAAUGUCGUUUCAAAACGAAAUAAGAGAAUGGAGCCAAAACAUCACCGAAAUCAUUAAUAACUUCCGGACAACAGGAAAGGAAAAAAAUGAAACGAACAAGCCAAAACAAGCCCCCACAAGAAAAACAUCCGGGGAGAAAAACCUCCAAGAAAAAAAAGAGAAAAAGCAACUUGACAACCCCGGAAAAAUUAAAGUUGAUGCUGACGAAUUAGAAAGGCAAACUGGAAUUAAAAAAGAUUGGAAAAAGAUUAUUGCGUAUGGCAAUGAAAUUACCGAUGAUCUUGAUACUCUUUCUCAUCUAACCAAACUUAAAAAACUAGAUUUGGGAUUCAAAACAACUAGAGUAAAAAAAAAUUUUGUGGGUUCACUAAAAAGUUUGGAAAAUUGUAAAGAUUUGGAAUAUGUAUGUAUCGGAGGUAUCCAAUCAAUCACCGAAGAAUUAGAACAAAAACUUUUUCGACUCCAAAAACAAAUCUCCACCGCCCAACAAGAACCAAACAAAGAAAAAGCCAACUUCCAAAAAGAAAAAACUCAAUUUCAAGAAAUCCUCACUAAACACCAAAACAAAAUCCAACAACUAGAAACCCAAUUAGUUAAUUUUGAAAAACAAAAACAGGAGGCCCUAACCCAGCAAAAAAACCAAAUUUGGAACCAAGUUCAACAACAAGACAACAACCUCCGGGACAAAAUCAACUCCAAACUAGAAAACCGACUUUUUGCUGCCAAAGAAAAAGGCCAAACCAUAGAACAAGCCGCGGACAACUUACUGGAAAAGCAAAACCGACUAACUAGCAAAAUUAACGAAUUAGAGGCCGAAAUUGGAAAACGCGGCAAUAAUUUAGAGGAAGCCAUCAACAAACUGGUGCGAGAAAAAUCGGUCAACGAACACUAUAUCCCCACAACCGGGGAUAAAUCCAUCAAAGCCUAUUUAACGGUUAAAACGGGUGGAGCAUCCGGAGCCGUAUCGGUCGCUAAUUCUCUAAUGAGCCAAGGCAAUAACAAUAAUCUCCCCCAGCCCCAAGGAGGAAAUUUACCAACGCAAAUUUCGGCCAAUAAUCCAGUGAAUUUACUACCACCAAACACCAACCCGCAACCGGUAAUUAACCAUCAUUACCAUGGUUUCAGCAAAAAAAAAAAAAGAAACGACCCCAGCCUAAUGAAUAAAA